CCCACGCUCCGGGGCCCAGCCCGGCGGACCCGCAGAGGCUCGGGCUGGCAUGGGAGCGCCGUGGCGCCCACCCGGUGCCCGCGAGCAGGUGGAGUUAUUUGAAGGUGAAAAAAAUAGAAGAAAUGGCACCACCUGCACUAUAUCAACCUCCUGAUGGAGGCUGGGGCUGGGUCGUGAUUGCAGCAGCUUUUGUCUCCAUUGGCUUCUCAUAUGCACUCCCUAAAGCCAUCACAGUAUUCUUCAAAGAAAUUCAGUUCGUAUUCAACACUUCCUACAGUGAAGUAGCUUGGAUUUCAUCCAUUAUGCUGGCUGUUAUGUAUGCAGGAGGUCCCAUAAGUAGUAUUUUGGUGAAUAAUUUUGGUAGCCGGCCAGUGGUAAUGAUAGGAGGUUUGUUAUGCUGUUUUGGAUUUAUUACUGCCUCUUUUAGUAAGAGUAUAUUACAUCUUUACAUCACUGUGGGAUUCAUUGGAGGUAUAGGUUUGGCCUUCAACCUACAACCAGCCUUAGCAAUAAUUGGUAGAUAUUUCUACAAGAAACGUCCUCUAGCAAAUGGAUUGGCCAUGGCAGGAAGCCCUGUUAUUUUAAGUACAUUGGCUCCUUUAAGUCAGUACCUGUUGAAUAAUUAUGGCUGGAAGGGAAGCUUUCUGAUUUUGGGAGGUUUAUUGUUGAAUACCUGUGUGGCUGGGUCACUCAUGAGACCACUUGACCAUCAUGAAAUCUCUCUCAGUGCUAAAAAUAAAAUUAAAGUGAAAAACAAACAAGGAAACGUGAAGUCAAGACACCCCAAAACAUCAAUAAGUGAAUCAAUGAAUAACUGUUUAGAUUUCUCUCUUUUUAAACAUAGGGGUUUUUUAAUUUACUUGUCUGGAAAUGUCAUCAUGUUUCUGGGCUUUUUUGCCCCAAUUUUAUUUUUGACUUUAUAUGCGAAAGACAAGGGAAUCGAUGAGUAUUCUGCAGCUUUUUUACUCUCCGUCUUGGCUUUUGUUGAUAUGUUUGCUAGGCCUUCUGCAGGACUAAUUGCAAACACUAAAUAUAUCCGACCUCGAAUCCAGUACUUCUUCGGUUUUGCAGUCAUGUUUACUGGAUUGUGUCAUCUCUUAUUUCCACUGGCACAGACCUAUAUCAGUAUGUUGGUUUAUGCUGUGUUCUUUGGCCUUGGAUUUGGGAGUGUUAGCAGUGUCCUUUUUGAAACACUCAUUGACCUUGUGGGUGCCGCAAGGUAUUCCAGUGCUGUGGGACUUGUCACAAUCGUCGAAUGCUGCCCGGUUCUUCUUGGUCCUCCCCUUGCUGGUAAAUUGGUGGAUUACACUAGAAGCUAUACAUACAUGUAUAUCACCUGUGGAGUUAUUGUGGUCGUAGCAAGUGUAUGGCUGCUCAUUGGCAAUGCUAUAAACUAUAGGUUGCUCAAACAGGAGAAGGAACUGACACCGUCAAAGAAGAAAUUUAAUAACCAUGAAACAAACCUAUCUGACUCUUUAAAAGAUGCCAAAAUGAAGAAAACAGGAAUUAUUCCCUCAGAAAGAGAAACUGAUAUUUAAAAGAAUCACAUCUCUAAUUUCAGUGUUAAUGAUGUUCUUAGGAGUAUUUUUAUUUUUAAACUCUUAGAAAGGGAUGCUUUGUUGUUGAAAGAAGUCAUCGUUGUGAAUGAAAAUGCAGUUUUCCUUAGUAGAAAAUUGGAAUUAUGUUGAUUUUAAAAGUUACUUGUGGGGCUGGAGCAAUAGCACAGCGGGUAGGGUGUUUGCCUUGCACACGGCCGACUAGGGUUCCAUUUCCAACAUCCCAUAUGGUCCCCUGAGCACUGCCAGGAGUAAUUCCUAAGUGCAGAGCCAGGAGGUAACCCCUGUGAAUCGCCGGGUGUUACCCAAAAAGCAAAAAGAAAAAAAAAGUUACUUGGCCAGAGGUCAGAAUGUUAGUACAGAAGGUCGAAAGCUUGCCCCAUAGGGUCGCCAAGUGCCACCGAAAUUAAUUCCUGAGCAAAAAUCAUGGAGUAAUCCCUGAGCACUGUCAUGUGUGACCCAAGAAUAAACAAAAAGAAAGAUUAUCUCAGUUGCUUCCUCUUAUUAAAAAAUAAUAUUCGAACCCAAAUAAAUAUGUCUGAUAGUCCUUUAUAGUUUGGAUUUUAAAGGUAAACAUAUGGGAGAAAAGAAGGGGAAUCACUUUUAAAGCUAAUGCCUCUAAAAUUGGCAUAGGUAAAUUAAAAUUGAAAAAAAAAGAUUAAAACUAUCAUUUCUGAGCACGGCUACAUUUAAUUCUUAUUUUUCAGAAUACACUAGUACCUAUUGCUAGGGAAUAGAAUUCACAAAAUAUUUUUCACGAUGUCUUGAUCCAAUAUGUAAAUUAGCUUAAAAGC